AUGACAACCCUGUGGAGUGUGGUUCUGCCCUACACCCCGGGGAUUCUUCAGGGGCAUGACAAAGCCAACACAAUGGUAGCCCUAAUGAAAGUGUAUCAAGAGGAAGAUGAAGCGUACCAGGAGUUAGUUACUAUGGCAACCGCGUUCUACCAGUAUUUACUGCAGCCAUUUAGGGAUAUGAGGGAAGUUGCAACUUCAUGUAAACUGGACAUUUUGAAGUCCUUGGCUGAGGAUGAGCUGGGUCCCAAAAGGAUCGCUGCCCUGCAGAAGGAGGCUCAGGAAUGGACCAGGCGGGCAGAAGAAGCAGUAGUCUCGAUCCAGGACAUCACAGUGAAUUACUUUAAGGAAACAGUAAAAGCACUAGCAGGAAUGCAGAAGCAGAUGGAACGGGAUGCCAGGAGGUUUGGUCAGGCUGCCUGGGCGGCGGGAGCUCCCAGGUUCGAAACUCUCAGGCUCACGCUGACUCGAGAGACCCUGCAGCUCGGGAGAGCCAGAGAGCUGUGUCUAAAUCACAGGAGGGCGGAGAUUUGGAGAAAGAUGGAAGACCUUCCAGAGCAAGAAAAAAAUAUAAAUGUUGUAGAUGAAUUAGAGAUACAAUACUAUGAAGUGCAAUUAGAACUCUAUGAGGUUAAGUUCGAGAUACUGAAAUAUGAAGAGACACUGCUCAUUACACAGUUGGAAUCUAUUAAAAGACUUAUCAAAGAGAAACAGGAGGAAGUUGUCUAUUACGAUACAUGUGAGAGUCCGGAGGAACUUGGCAUUGUUGAAGUAGUGGGGCCGCAAGCGGAGAAGAACGUGGAGGAGAAAGCACUCAGGAGGCAGGCCCAGCAGCUGGAGGCCAGACGGGGUCGGAUCUGUGCCCGGAGGGCUUAUCUCAGGAACAGAAAGGAUCAAUGCAAAGAAAACCACCGGCUCAGAGUGCAGCGGGCUGAACGGAGUGUGCAGUGCCUUCAGCAGCAUCACAGCAUUCAGAUGAAAAGAGACAAGAGCAAAGAGGAGGAGCAGCAGAAAAAAGAAUGGAUAAACCAAGAACGCCAAAAAACCCUGCAACGACUGCGAGCCUUUAAAGAGCCGCCGCCGCCACUUCCCGCCGCCCCCUUUUCUUGCCCCGCUGCCUCUCCUCGGAAGUUACCCGUCAGGACUUCAGUCAGAGAGGACCAGCCACUCCCUCUGGUCUGUGAGCCACUUCCGGAGAGGCCCCGGAACCCUUCUGAAGCCUUUAAGUGCCCAGGCUCUAUGGAUGAAGUGUUGGCCUCACUGAGGAGUGGCAGAAGCCCCCUCCAGAAAGUGGAAGUGCCUGCCGUGUCCCCUCCCUGCACGUCUGUCAAUGAGCACAUUCUGGCGGCCAUUAGGCAAGGAGUCAAACUAAAGAAAGUCCACCCAGACUCUGGCCGGAGCCGGAGCCCCAGCGGCAAACCAACCAGUGACCUUGAGAGGAGCAUCCAGGCGGCCCUGCAGAGAAUCAAGAGGGUGUCUGCUGACUCUGAGGAGGAGGGGGACGAGCAGAACCCCAGCGACUGGGACCAGUGAACGCCUCUCCAAGGGCAGGCACCCACCACCGCGUGCUCAGAUGAAGAGAGGGGCUCACGGCCUGUUCUUGAAGAGUGUGCGCACAGAGCGCCAGCAGAUGGGCCACGGAACACCCUGAGAUCGACGAGGCUCCGUGUGCGCCGGUGCAGCUUCUGUCGAUGUUGUGGCCUUAACAUCGGGGGAGGAACUCAGCACGUGAGGACUCAGCUACCAGGCGAGAGCUGGGAUAUGAGAGCCCACAGUACGUACUGGUGGUCUACGAGGAUAGUAUUUAUUUUUUUACCAUGGAUAAUCUAGAAUCAUUCCUGAUUCUGAAAAAAGUGUACACAAUUCUGGUAAAUUGCACUUUUAGACUACUGAUGGUGUCCUGGGUGUGUGAAAUAGUAGUUUCCUCAGGUUUAAACAUCUGAAUGUGAACAUUAUUUUAGCAAUGAUCAGAAUAGAUUGCUUUGUCUCCAGAAAUUAUUUUAAAGAUCUGAAAUGAGAUUUAUUUUCUGUAUCAGACACUAUAUACUCAUAAUAAAGAGCUAUUUAUAAUGGA